AUGGACAUCCUUAAGGAGCAUAAAAUGAACUCUACCAUCACUGUCCCGAGAGUUAACACUAACCCUGACAAGCAUCAUGGCUUCUGCACCUUCCAGCCACCGUCCUCUACGGAUGCUCUGGAGGAACGCCUUCUACUAGACUCCAUUGCUUGGCCUGAAACUCCUCUUUUACCUGCUCCUCUUUCUCUGGAGCAGACCAGUAAUCCUGCCAACAGCACCUUCACCAUUCUCCCACCGGCGAGGGAGGGAGGACAGUGGCAGAUAGGGGAUCAGCUGAAGGUUAUGAUCAACAUGUGUGAUUUCCAGGGUCGUCCCAAGAAGUCUGGGGGAGACGUCAUACUUGCCCGGCUGCACAACACAACGCUCGGUGCAGGUGUGGUUGGGCAAGUGGUGGAUCAUCUCAAUGGCAGCUACUCUGCUGUGUUCUCUUUACUCUGGAAAGGAAGAGCACAGGUUGAGGUGACGCUGGUUCACCCUAGUGAGGCUGUCACAGUGCUGCGCAGGCUGACCAGUGAACAGCCAGACAGGAUUCACUUCCAGAGCCUCUUCCGCUCAGGCUCACUCUCUCAAACUACCACCUGUAACGUCUGCCUACGUCCAACCCAGCAGCCACUGUGUAACUACACUGACCUCCAUACAGGCGAUCCUUGGUUCUGCUACAAGCCAAAACACCUGAGCUGCGAUGCCAGGAUCAACCACUCCAGGGGAGAAUUCAAACAAAACCUCAAGGACAAGGAGGAGAAGCUCUUUCAAAGUGGGGUCAACAUGAAAGUCUCCAUUCGGGCUUCAGGACCUGCCAAUGUCAAUGUGUUGAAAAAAAACAAAGGUCAACCAAAGGUGAAUGUGAAGUCUGGACUCUCUGGCUAUUACUACCAGGGCAUGUGGCAAUCACUAGGUGGCACCACAGUUCACCAAUUCAACACCUUCUCUGCCAUCAGUCAGUGUCUGAAAGGCAAAGUGGUCCACCUGUAUGGAGACUCCACCAUCAGGCAGUGGUUUGAACACCUCAAAGAAACACUGCCAGAUCUUAAGGAGUUUAACCUUCACAGCCGGAAGCAAGCUGGACCUUUCAUGGCCUUGGACUACGCAAACAACAUCUUGGUGACUUACCGCUGCCACGGACCUCCCAUCCGUUUUGUUGACGUCCCAACCAGUCAGUUGCGUUACAUUGCCAAUGAACUGGAUGGCUUAAUUGGAGGCACCAACACUGUUGUAGUUCUUGGCAUCUGGUCUCACUUCAGCACUUUCCCCAUCGAGGUCUACAUCCGGCGGCUGCAAAGCAUCCGCAGGGCGGUGGUGCGGCUGCUGAACAGGGCUCCAGACACGCUAGUCGUCAUCCGAACCGCAAACCUCAAAGCUUUGACGCUUUAUGAGACACUAACCAACAGCGACUGGUACUCGCUGCAGCGUGACAAGGUGCUCAGAGCUGUGUUCAAAGGUCUGAAUGUUCGUCUGGUGGACGCCUGGGAGAUGACCCUGGCCCACCACCUGCCACACAGCCUCCACCCACAACCACCCAUCAUUAAGAAUAUGAUUGAUGUUCUCUUGUCUUAUAUAUGCCCUCAAAAGGGUGGCUAGGUGUGUGUUUGUUGGGGAGAGGACUGGGGAUUUAAGUACACAUGCUGGGAGAUCACUUACUGUAGAAGCUUAAGUAGAAGCAGAUGAAGGUAAUAUUGCCAUGAAAAGCCCAGUCCAUAAUACGCCUGUCCAUGAAAAUGCUCUUGGUUCUUAUUACAAUAAACUGGAAUUUGAAGACACUUGUCCAGCAGCUAACAGUCUACCUCUGAGAGAUAAUGAGGUUACUGUAGUUCACCAUAGUUUAUUUUAGGCAUAUUUGGACCUUGUUGUCAGGGUAGAAAAAUACUUGAACCCUGUGCAAUACAUACCUUCAUGGGAAUGUAAAUUUGUGGGUCUGACAACCUACCAACUCAUCCUGUCACUAUAGAAUUAACUUCUGGUGUGAUUUAGACUUCUGUAAUUUGACAUUAGUAAAUGUUAAGCUGUUAACACUUUAAACUUGAAUGAGUCAAUUGAAACUUUGACUGUUUACUGCGCAAGAAUAUUGCAGACAGACUGUACUUUAAAGGAAUAGUUUGACACUUGGGAAAUUCACUUAUUCUCUUUCAGGAGACUUAGAUGAGUAGAUUGAUACCACACUAAGUUUUGUACAGAUCAGAUAUGGCAUGUUACUGAGCUUUGGUGAAUUAAUUUUGUUACUUUAACCAAAGCCAGGUGAGCUUAAGAUAAGCUGGGUCCAGCUGUAAACAAAAUAGUUCAGAACAAGAGAAUAACUCAUUAAAACACAAUCAUAAAAUAAUCUCUGCCCCUCUCCCAACCUAGGCCAAAGCGUAUAGUGCUCAUGGUUCCUCAAGAGCUGAGUAUAGUAUAUUAAGUAUAGAUAGUUGCAGGUAAAGGUCAAUAUCCCACAAUCCACUAGGCACCAUCCAGAUGUUUAACAGCUUUAAGAUGAUCCUUGGCAGCUCAAAGUUGGACAAUAUUAUGUGACUAUGUGUUUAUAGGAUAUUUGGUGGUUACCCGUAAAUAAUUUACUUGAACUAGGGCGAUGGAGGGCUACUGCAGGAUAGAAAUAUUGGAUGCCAAAGAUAAAGUCCACUGUCUGUGCUUGUUUGCAGCUUGUAUAUGUUAUUUACAGGAUAUGAUUAAGUUAUAUGGAUGUAUUUACAUUGAGCUGAGUAGAUUUUUUUCCCCUUGGAUGUGUGAGCAUUACUAGGGCCCAUUCUUUCUUACAGUAAAUUUAACAAAAUCAUGUAAAUCUGUCUCAAAAGGGAUGGUUUAUAUAGCAGAUACUGUUGUUUCAUCUAUUAUGUAGUCCAUCAGUGGACCAUAAAGGAUUUUAUAGUAACAGCCUUCCUUUGAAAUAAUAUCUUCCUUUACCUCAACAGUCAUAUAUUUAUAACAAUCUCUCAAGACAUAUGAAUAUGUUUUAUGGCUCCAAAGAACAAAUAUAAAGACUAUUCUCAUGAUGUAAUAAUAUAUUUACAUGAUGUCAACUUUGAGAUCCAACACUGUUAAAUUACAUGCCAUUCAAACAAGAUACUUUUGUUAACAGAAUUAUGAAUAUUGUAUGAAAUGUUAACUGGCUCGUGCAUUUGGUUGUGGGUUGAUGAAAUUUCUUUCCAAGCUGUUUCACUUUUCUAUAUUUUUUAUUUUAUAUAUACUGUACCAGACCUAUGGAAUAUAUGUAAAAACCAACUGGCAUGAACACAUGGGGAGAUGUAAAGUUUGUUUGAAGAUGAACUCACUGUUUACAGCAAUUAAAAACAUUGGUAACACAAUACAAAACAAGGGUUCAGCAAACAUUUUAUCAUGUUUAAAUGAUAAUAAUCAUUUAAUGAAUAUGUAUUUUAUAAUCAGGGGGUUCAUAAUCAAAUAAAUGCACUUUAUAAAUUGUUAGCUUUUACUGGCUAUGCAUUAUUCUUUAAAUCAGUCAUCCUCAGCAAAAUUACAUUGCACAACAGAAAUAACAAUGGACAAUAGAACAAGUUUUUAAAACCUGUCCAGCAUGAACUGCUCUAAUACCAGUCUUGAUGUGCUGAUAGAAAAGCCAGCUGGAAGUGAAAUGUGGGUUGGCUCCU